ACAUACAAGUACGCGAAAGAGGAGAGAGAGAAAAAACGAUCGCCUGCUGGAUGCUGAAUCAGUCUGUCAAAAUACGUCCCUCCGCGAGUCAGACAAAGACGGGGAUAGAGGAGGAUAUCAACUAUAUACUGGUUUUUCCCUUCCGCCUGCGGGCCCUCGCUUUUAAUUUAUACAACAUUUUCUCGCCGUCGUCGAUCGUUCAAGGCCCGAGACGAGAGUAGGAAAAUAAGUAUAUACACACGCCCGUCGUAAACUGAUACUAGCGUUCUGGAGUGAGAGAGAGAGAGAGAGAGCAGCGCAUAUACACACAACUACCUGUGCAUAUAUUAUCGAUUUCACGUAGUUCAUCGUCGUGUUUGGGAUUAAUCACCUGAGUCGAUUAAGCUUCGAGGAGCGGUUCGACUUUUCUUCCCGUUUUCCGAGGGUUUUCAUCGGAGACUUUGAGACUGGUUUGUUGUCUCUGCAGGUGUCCUGGAGACUUGGGGCAGUUGGCAGAAUAACAAAGGUCACUCGCUGAGAAGAUGAACAGAAAGACAAGCACAGCUACUGCCAGAUUAAAACAAGACUACUUGAGACUCAAAAAAGAUCCUGUACCUUAUGUACAGGCAGAACCUGUUCCUUCCAAUAUAUUAGAAUGGCACUACGUUAUUAAAGGGCCAGAAAAUACUCCGUACGAAGGUGGAUUUUACCAUGGCAAAUUAGUUUUUCCAGGAGAGUUUCCUUUCCAGCCACCUAGCAUCUACAUGACGACGCCGAAUGGUAGAUUCAAAGUUAACACUAAAUUAUGUCUUUCCAUAUCGGAUUUCCAUCCUGAUACAUGGAACCCAGCGUGGAGCGUAUCGACUAUUCUCAUUGGCUUGCUAAGUUUUAUGAUUGAGUCCAGCUCGGCAUUAGGAGCAAUCAACACCCCUGAUUUUGAGAAAAAGCUUUUGGCGGCACAAAGCCUAGAAUACAAUUUAAGAGACAAAUUAUUUUGUGAAUUAUUUCCGGACACCGUUAUAACCAUCAAAAAAGAACUGGAGCGCAGAAAAGAACUGCAUGAAAAACAAGCAAGGCAUCGCUCGACGACGAACGAGGGUUCAUCACUGAUUCGCGGCGAACAACCAGUGGAUCAGAGUCCAUUGCACAGUGCAUUGGCGAACUUUGCCAUGUUUAUCGGCCUGGCCGUCUUCGCAUUCGCUGUCAAGUACGUCCUCAGGAAUAUCGCCACUCAGGAAUACAUUCAACAGUAGACAAGGCGAACACGUGACGGCGCUAUGCGCUUUGUUGAAUGCUGUUAUAAAAAAAAAAGAAGAUAAGUAAAUAACAAAGAAAGCCAGAAAGCCAUCGUCGACCGAAAAUUUUCGAUGACGCUGAAAACGGUUUUGACUUCAAUUCUCUUACUAGCGCGUAACGAAAUAAAUUAAGCAAAACGUUACCUUAGAUUUUGAUAUUCGAGUAUAGCACAGGGUACGAAUUGAUCAAACGGAAACACGCCGAGCCUCUCAGUUCCUACUCUGGUAUAUCACCAGACUAUGAAGAGAAAAUAACAGGAAAACGUUUCUUCCCCCCAAUUUUCCGUGGGUAUGCUUUAUUGCGUUCAUACUACUUUGGUUCUCUCGACGUUUAUAUUUAUACAAUGAAAAAUAAAACACUUUGGUGCUUCUCUUCUCACGCGCGCUCUCCUAUUAUAUUCGAAAGGUAAAAUUUAAAAUUAAGAUCUACGGCUUCUUUAGCGCACAUUGUUUAAGCUCGUCAAGUGUUUUGUCAAAUACGAACGUAUGCUCUCGUUCCACCAAUCGUGCCAAUAAGGAGAAAUUUAGUUGAGAGUUUCAGUGGUAUAGGCUGACGUUAUAUCCAAAAAAGCACCGAAUUUUGUAAAUAUUGUAGCUGAUAGAUCUUUUCAUCCGAAGCGCUUUUAUUGCUGUUCUUUUUUUCUUUUUCUAUUCAGUCUUUAUAUAGAGAAGAAAGAUAUAAUGUACAAAUAACUUUUCGUUUAACGUACACCAAAUAUAUUUAAAAGCUUCUUCCUGUUGACUUUGUUAUUUUCGUGUUCAAAUGCAGUUCUGCGUUCUCCAAACCGAGAAAAGUGCAAACGUUGAAAAUUGAACAAUGGAAUAAUUUCUUAUACUUUUUACUACUAUCUUAAAAUUAUUUUUUAAAGCAAAUUUCAAAGAAACUGCUAUGGUUCGCGUCAAGGUAUAUAAUGUUCAACGAAAGAAAAAAAAAGAAAAUUUCCAAUUCACACACAGUGAGACGUACUAUAUAUUACAGGAGCGAAGUUUAAGGAUUUCCGAUUCUUUUGUCAAUAUAAUAUAAAGUGAUAGGAAAUGCGUUGAAUCAGUCAUCGAUUAAUCUGCAGAUGUACCAAUGAUGAUGAUAUUGUUUUUAGUUCUGCAGUUAUAAGAAAGAAAAUGUACAUAAUAGAAAUUGCGUUAUAAGUUACUGCUGUAAACUUGCGAAUACAUUUGUUUGCUUAGAAAAAAAGUGAA